CGCGGAGCGAGCGGACCCGAGCGGGCGGCCGGGCACUCGCCCGCCCGGUGCCACCGCCGCCGCCGCUCCGGAGCGCAGGACCGGGCACCGCCGGCGCCCGCCGCCGCCGCCGAUGCGGCCUGGGCACUUUUAGCCGGGCGGGAGGGCCGGAGAGCCGGGCCGCCGAGAGCAGCGAGCGAGCCGCGCCGAGAGCCGCGCCGACCCGCCGCGAGCAGGGACGGACGCCCGCCCGCCGCCGCCGCCGCUCGGCCGCUAUGGAUCUAUUCGACUUUUUCAGGGACUGGGACUUGGAGCAGCAGUGUCACUAUGAACAAGACCGUAGUGCCCUUAAAAAGAGGGAAUGGGAGCGGAGGAAUCAAGAAGUCCAGCAAGAAGACGAUCUCUUUUCUUCGGGCUUUGAUCUUUUUGGGGAGCCCUACAAGGUAGCUGAAUAUACAAACAAAGGUGAUGCACUUGCCAACCGAGUCCAGAACACGCUGGGAAACUAUGAUGAGAUGAAGGAUUUGCUAACUAACCAUUCUAAUCAGAAUCAUCUAGUGGGAAUCCCAAAGAAUUCUGUGCCCCAGCCUCCCAUCAACAAAAACGAGCCAAGCUUUCUCCCCGAGCAAAAGAACCGAAUGCUCCCACCUCACCAGGAUAACACUCACCCCUCGGCCCCAAUGCCUCCGCCUUCUGUCGUGAUACUGAAUUCCACUCUAAUACACGGCAACAGGAAAUCAAAAGCUGACUGGCCACGGGAUGGUCAUAACGCUAGCCUUGUACCAGCCAGCCAGGCCAGUAGCCAGCCAAACAAGAUGCAGCUGCCUGUGCAAGACCAGCCCCAAGCCCGACUGGAAGACUUCUUCGUCUACCCGGCUGAACAGCCUCAGGUCGGGGCCACCGAAGAGUCAAACCCAUCUGCGAAGGAAGACAAUAGCCUCAAGUCCAGUGGAGGGGAUGCUUUCAAAGAAAUCUUUCAGUCCGUCUCGCCAGAAGAAUCUGAAUUUACAGUGCACGCUCCUGGGUCUCCCCUAGUUGCCUCCUCUUUGUUAGCUCCCAGCAGUGGCCUUUCGGUUCAGAACUUUCCACCAGGGCUUUACUGCAAAACAAACAUGGGGCAGCAAAAACCGACCGCGUAUGUCAGACCCAUGGAUGGCCAGGACCAGGCACCGGACAUCCCUCCGACACUGAAACCUUCCAUUGAAUUCGAGAACAGCUUUGGGAAUCUGUCAUUCGGAUCACUGUUGGAUGGAAAACCCAGUGCGGCCAGUUCAAAGCCCAAACUGCCCAAGUUCACGAUUCUCCAAACAAGUGAAGUAAGCCUUCCCAGCGAUCCAAGCUGUGUUGAAGAAAUCUUACGGGAGAUGACCCAUUCCUGGCCUGCUCCUCUCACUGCCAUGCAUACUUCUGGAAACUCUGAGAAGAACACACUUUCCAUCCCAGGACAGGAAUCCCAACAUCUGACCCCAGGAUUCACCUUACAAAAGUGGAGCGACCCGACCGGCAGGGCUUCUACAAAGUCAGUACCGCUCGAGUCGAUGCUUGAGGACGACUUGAAGCUGAGCAGUGAUGAAGACGACCUUGAGCCGGUGAAGACCUUGGCCACUCAGUGCACCGCCACUGAGCUCUACCAGGCUGUUGAAAAGGCAAAACCUAAGAACAAUCCUGUGAACCCGCUCUUGGCCACUGCUCAGCCCCCACCUGCGGUGCAAGCCGGCGGGGGCUCCGGCAGCUCCAGUGACUCUGAGAGCAGCUCCGAGUCAGACUCUGACACUGAAAGCAGCACCACUGACAGCGAGUCCAAUGAGGCGCCUCGUGCGGCCACGCCAGAGCCUGAGCCGCCCUCAACCAACAAGUGGCAGUUGGAUAAAUGGCUUAACAAAGUGACUUCCCAGAACAAGUCGUUUAUUUGUGGCCAAAAUGAAACGCCCUUGGAGACAGUUUCUGUGCCUCCUCCAAUCAUCCAGCCAAUGGAAGUCCAGAUCAAAGUGAAGACAAACCCCAGCCAGGUCCUGGCUGAACCCAAAGAGAGGCCUCUCCUCAGUCUUAUCAGGGAGAAAGCCCGUCCACGGCCUACCCAGAAAACUCCAGAAACAAAGGCUUUGAAGCAUAAGUUGUCAACAACUGUUGAGACAGCUUCUCAAAGGACAAUUGGAAAAAAACAGCCCAAAAAAGUCGAGAAGAACACCAGCAUUGACGAGUUUACCUGGCCCAAACCAAAUAUUACCAGCAGCACCCCCAAAGAAAAAGAAAGCGUGGAGCUUCCUGAUCCACCAAGAGGCCGCAACAAACCAUCUGCCCACAAACCAGUCCCUAGGAAGGAACCAAGGCCGAACAUUCCCUUGGCCGCCGAGAAAAAGAAGUACAGAGGGCCUGGCAAGAUCGUGCCAAAGUCCCGGGAAUUUAUCGAAACGGAUUCAUCUACAUCUGAUUCCAACACAGAUCAGGAAGAGACCCUGCAGAUCAAAGUCCUGCCUCCUUGCAUUGCUCCCGGGGGCAAUUCUGCCAAAUCGAAGGAAACCUGUGGUGCCAGCCUGACCCUCAGCACCUUGGUCAGCAGUAGCAGCAGCAGCAGCAGCAGCAGCAACAUAUCCGUCAAUAGUGAGGAACCAGCUUUUUCGCCCAUCCCUGUCAUGCAAACGGAGCUUCUGUCCCCUCUACGAGAUCACGAGAAUCUGAAAAAUCUCUGGGUGAAGAUUGACCUUGACCUGCUGUCUAGAGUACCCGGUCACAACGCACUGCAAGCAGCACCAGCCAAGCCAGACCCCAAGGAGACUGCGCCGAAGCCCAAGCGCCAGACCGCUGCUGCGGCUGUGGAAAAACCCGCCCCUAAGGGCAAGCGUAAGCACAAGCCAACGGAAAUUGCAGAGAAAAUCCCUGAGAAGAAGCCACGUCUGGAGGAGGCCGCCGCUAUCUGCCUGCUGCCCCCAUGCAUCUCACCAGCCCCACCCCACAAGCCUCCCAACACUAAAGAGAACAAUUCAUCCAGGAGAGCAAAUAGAAGGAAAGAAGAAAAGCUGUUUCCUCCGCCACUUUCCCCACUGCCAGAGGAUCCUCCACACCGUAGAAACAUCAGUGGCACCAAUGGUCCCUUUGGUCAAGACAAAAACAUCCCUGUGAUUGGACAGAUCACCUCUACCAAACCUAAGAGGAGUGAAGGCAAAUUCUGUGCUACUUUCAAAGGGAUAUCCGUAAAUGAUGGAGACACUCCAAAAAAGACUGCGUCUGCCACCGUCACGGUCACCAACACUGCUAUUGCCACUGCCACUGUCACUGCUACUGCCAUUGUCACCGCCACUGUCACAGCCACUGCGACCGCCACUGCCACAGCCACUACCACAACCACUACCACAACCAUUUCCACCAUCACGUCUACCAUCACUACUGGCCUCAUGGACAGCAGUCACCUGGAAAUGGCGUCCUGGGCGGCCCUGCCCCUUCUGUCCAGCAGCACCACCAACGUCCGGAGACCCAAGCUCACUUUUGACGACUCGGUUCACAAUGCUGAUUAUUACAUGCAAGAGGCUAAGAAGCUAAAGCACAAAGCUGACGCACUGUUUGAGAAAUUUGGCAAAGCCGUGAAUUACGCCGACGCAGCCCUGUCGUUCACCGAAUGCGGCAACGCGAUGGAGCGCGACCCUCUGGAAGCCAAGUCUCCGUACACCAUGUACUCUGAGACCGUGGAGCUCCUCAGGUACGCGAUGAGACUGAAGAACUUUGCGAGCCCCCUGGCUUCGGACGGGGACAAAAAGCUGGCAGUAUUAUGCUACAGAUGUUUAUCACUUCUCUACUUGCGGAUGUUUAAGCUGAAGAAGGACCAUGCCAUGAAGUACUCCAGAUCACUGAUGGAAUAUUUUAAGCAAAAUGCUUCAAAAGUCGCUCAGAUACCGUCUCCCUGGGUAGGCAAUGGAAAGAACACUCCUUCCCCGGUGUCUCUCAACAAUGUCUCUCCCAUCAACGCGAUGGGCAGCUGCAACAACGGCCCGGUCACCAUCCCCCAGCGCAUUCACCACAUGGCCGCCAGCCACGUCAACAUCACCAGCAACGUGUUACGGGGCUACGAACACUGGGACAUGGCCGACAAACUGACAAGAGAGAACAAAGAAUUCUUUGGCGAUCUGGACACACUGAUGGGGCCCCUGACCCAGCAUAGCAGCAUGACCAAUCUCGUCCGCUACGUUCGCCAGGGACUGUGUUGGCUGCGCAUCGAUGCCCAUUUGUUGUAGUGGGUGCUCCCCCCAUGUCCAGCAUCACCACCCAUCACUCUACCUCUACCAGAGCACCAACGGUCACUGGUGGAACUCCACUCAUUUGGCAAAGUUCUCUUUGAUUCUGUUUGUUUUUACACUUCUUUUGAUACCUGUGAAAAACAGAAGUCAUUGUAAGUGGACACUACAACUUGAGAGCGGUAUAUGUUUUAUUACUUAGUCAUUUUUCAGUAUUUUGUAUGCAUUUCUCAGAUCCCACCAUCUUUUUGUGCUUGAUACGAUGACACAGUCCCUACAGUAUUGUUUUAAGACCACACUACCCAAAACAAAGAAUGGGAAAUACUUGUGAUGAUAACAGGUUCCUGAGAACUGAAAUGAGAUGUCAUAUAUAUAUAUAUGAUCUUAGACACAAAGGACCUACAAAGAUUCAAAUUUUCAACACUAGCCAUUCCCCAAACUCUACUCUUAUGUCCAGAAGAGAGCGUAUUUCAGAAUCCGUUGUUAAACUUUUGUGGUUCCCACAGACUCAGUCUCCAGGUGAGAAUUUUCAUUGUCAAAACCCACUGGUUAGAUGUUGUAGCAACAUCGUAAAAUCAAGAGUAUUAAGAAAAUAGACGAGCGUAGCAAUGCCACUCUUCAACAAUACCGUGGCAUACAACCAGAGCACUUUUCUUGCUGGCAUCCAUUCCCUGAUGCCCUAUUUUUAAAAUUUUAAUGAGAUGAAGUGGCAACAUUUAUUUCUAAAGUGUAAAUCCUCACCUGGGAUUCUCUUUGUGUAAAGCUCUCCUUUUGAGGGGCAGUUAAGUGGGUGCACACCCUAGGAGCCAAAAUACUGCCCUCCAGUUUUAGAGAUGAGAGAUUAGGAGAGGUCUGGAAAUGUCCAGGGAACCCAUACCUCUGCCGUUCUGCAGUUGGUAGGCACGUCCAUUCCUGGCAGGAUAUUUUUAUUGUAUUUUGCUCACAUCUCUGGAAACAGAAGUCAAGUUUAUCACUACCUAGGAGUAAGAAUAUACAGCUUGCCUCCUAGUGACUUUAAAAUCUGGACUUUGCCAAUUAUAAGCCGCAUUUUCUAUUUUACAGUGUUUCUCUUCCGCCUCCUCUUUCCCCACCUCCUCCUCCUCCCCCUCCUCUUCCCCCUUGUCGUCUUCUUCUUCUUCUUCUUCUUCUUCUCUUUGAUCUUUCAUUUCCUUUUCCUUUUUCUGGCCUCAUUAGCCUUUGACUCAAAUACUGAAAUCACUGAUUUUAUUCAAGUCUGUAUUAACAGGAAUCAUUUUCGUGAACAUUCCAGAGAAAACUCUCAACUCUCUAAAUACUGGCUAGCUUUUUAACAACAACGGAACAAAAUGUGUCUUUCUUUGAAAGAUCCCUGAAGAUUGGGAACAGCUCACCUAAUUUGGAGACAUUUCUACAUCACUUGUAACUAUCCCCACCCCUUCUGAUCCUCUGCAUUCAUUUUAUGUCCCCAAACAUCACAGUGUAAAUAUCAUCUUUGGUGUUCCAUCUCACCAGAAGAAUCCCCCACACAUAGUGCACACUAUUCAUAUGUCGGCUCUUUAUACUUACCUGCUGGUAUGUAAUUCCACGUCGCCUUUAAUCUGUUGAGUUUAUCGAAUUCUGUUCACCGAGUGAUGACCAGAUAAAUAAUACAUGGGCACACGAGAGGUGCAAACUUGUAUGAUUUUUAAAGCAAGUCUUGUAAGUCUGUGACAGGAACAGCAAGGGAUCGCCCUGCACUCUCAUCAUUGUCAAGGUUGCAAAAGAGCCAGACUUGAGCUCCGCCCUGGUCAUCUUUGAGUUUAAGACCCUGUGCUUUAUAACGAGGUUGUGGAAGUUGUACUCCAAUGGCUGAGGCCACGUUGCCAGAUGACUGCUGGGAGCGUCCCAGCAGCUGAACCCAGAACUUUCUACGCUCCCGGUGCGGUUGAGCUAUACAUUCGCAGCGUCCGCGACAACACACACACCUGCAGACAUGCACACAGACAAAUGAAACCGGAGAGAAUCUUCUCUGAGCCUCUUAAAUGGGGAAAAUAAUAAUACGAAAGACUCCAAACACCCAAGGUGGGUGUCACAUAUAAAAUUUCAGCUGAUGGCUUCAGUGACCCAAGUUCUGUUUGUUUUGCACGGCUUACCGGGUAGAGGGCCUGACUAUUACUAUAUAUAAUGAAGCCCACUGGCUUGACUUGUAAGUUCAGCCUAAACCACGAUCCUAGACCAUCAUGGAUUUAGGGGUAGAUUCUUCUUGAAAUUCACUCUCCGGAAACUAGAUGUUAGAAUCCGAGGGGCAGUUUCCAAGAGAAACGAGCAUCUCGCCUCGUGGAUGGAUGAAAGACUCGUAGCUCUAGUUUCAGCGAGUCCUUUUAUCUACUUUACAUACAACAGGGAGGCAGCAGAGAAUCCCGCUGCCUGAUGUCACCUCUGGUGGGUGACUGUAAAGUGUGUGCCAAAUCAGCAGCACGAUGAUCACAUCUGACAGUUGAGCUCAGGAUCACCACCUGAUUAUUUAGUAGACCUAUUUGUAAAGCAGCUUAGAAACCAAUUAAACAUGGAGGAUGAAUUGCCUUCCUAUCCCCGGAGAUGAGACGUCUUUCGGUUUCACGAUUAAGGACUGUUGCUGUUUCCUAGGCACUGUAUUCAUCACAUUGUAAAUGGUGAUCUGUGUCAUAGGCGUGCGGCGAUGUGAGGGAUUGAGAUAUUUUGUCAAGUAAAUCUCUUCAGUGUACCAGUUUGUGGGAGGGAUAUAGGACAUGUGGAUGGCGGUGAGAGAUCCUGCCUCGAGACCUUGACGGAGGCUUGGUGAGACGCAUCUCAAUAAGCACACAGAGGUAGGGCGACGGGCAGAGUAACGGGAACCUGAGCGAGUACACAGAAGGAUCUCAGCCCUGCAACGUGACCCAGGUGGGGCCACCACUAUGCCUUCCUUUGUCACCCAAGCUCCAGCCACAAAGGGUUUGACGAGUUUGUGUUAGGAUGUUGGCUUGGCUUUGUAUUUUUAAUUAACUUUGGAUUUUUUAGUGGUUUUGUCAUAUUACUGUCUGAUUUUGGUAGGUAGGAUUAAUUUGAAAAGAGUAUACUAGUGUGGUCCUCGGGGUAGAAUUUAGCCGUAAGCAUGUUGUUAGCCAGCCUGUAGACUGUUAAUUACUUAAUAAUCUCAUUGGGAAAAUACUUGUAGUUUUAUAUUUGGAUGACAUAAUUGGAAAAGCAGAUUAGCUGCUGCUAACUUUUAAAAGACUUGACACUGACAUCAAAAGAUUCAAAUCUUCAGUCGAUAACCAAGUUGCUAAAUUAGAAACCAUUGGCUAAAAUGUGUUUUGUUGAGCUUCCAAGUGUAUGGAUUUGCAUUUGGACAUUGCACCGCUCAGUGCGUUGGAAAGAUACUUGCUCUGUCAUCUUUCCCAAAGCUGUCUAAUUCACAGUUUGUUUUGUUCAGAUGUGCAUCCCGGAGGUUGAAGUUGGAGUCUGAAGUUGGAAAGCAUUUUUGAAGGCAGGAUCCAUUUAGCUGUGAGGGCUUCCCCCUCACGUACUUCUCAACAGACAUGAUAAAAUUCACCUGCAGGAGUUGGCAGGUGGGAGACUCACACCGGUUCACUGGGUAGGACUACUCAGUAAGGCAAUGAGCUGCUUGCUUAGAGAAGCAUCACUAUCCCCAUUGAGAAACUGUGUGGCGAGACGUAGCUGCACGAUAUCAAACGAAUGGGUCAAUUCAGUGCCCCUGAAUUCAAUUCUGUGGGGGAAAAAUAUCGAGCCAGUUGUCACUACUCUGUUACGCAACUGGCAGACUAAACUCCUCUUCGUCGUUAUGGUUGUCGUUGUUGUUGUUGUUGUCUGUCAUUUCCACCCGCACAGCCUUAUUCUCAUAAUUAAACCCUGAUUCAUUUUCUCUUUGGUGUUAGCAAACUCCAACAGCAAAGAUGGCAUCUGUGUAUCGAUAAUUGGCAUUUACCCUGGCAGGAGGCUAAUCGGAUAGGCUGGUCUCAGACAUUAAUCCUACCAUCUGAUGUGUUCAGGGAAAGAAAAAGUAAUUCCCUUUCCAUUCUCCUCCUUGCAAAUCUAGAAGCCCUCUUUACCAAGAGCAUCACAUUUUCCUCUGUAAUCCAUCGACUCAAAGAAAAUUGCAUUGUGGGGAGGG